AUGUACAGAUCAUCAAAGGCAAAGCGAGCAUAUGAUCCAGUUGAUUACGAAUCGAUUGAUAAAACAGAGUUUUGGAUUGUUGGAGAAGAAGGAGAAGCUGAACUUGAUUAUGAUGAGUUAGAAAGUGCACUUCUUGAAGAACAUCCUAAGAAUGGCGAAGAAUCAAACUCUAAUACUCCUAAUGGUAACGAGGAUGAGAGUUUAUCUCAGGAAAAAGAAUGGGAUGGUGCUUUAAAUGAGUUCGACUUAGAUUCUUAA